AUGGGGACAGCUUUCAAUGAUAAUAAGACCCUAGAUCCUGAAUUUUACAACCUGGAUUGGAUGAGGUUUAUACCCGACGAGACUCCGGUAUCUGCUAUCUCUAUUCCUGGAACACACGAAAGCUUAUCACUACAUGGAGGACCACUUGAUAAAUGUCAAGUCUGGACCUUAAAAGACCAACUUAAUGUGGGAAUACGAUAUUUUGAAAUGCAUGCUGGGAUUUGGCUGCCCACGCUUGAAAAUCCUAAAACUUUGGCUAAAAAAGUUAACAAGCAGCUUCAUACAUUUCUGGUGCAGAAGAAGGACAUGGACAUGAUGGAGAAAUGCCUCAAAUUACAAUCGAGCCACAAACUAAAAGAAAAACAGACACGACACCAGAACCCGACAAUACACCUGAAGCAUCAACAAAUGUUGAACAAUCCUCUGAACCUGAACCUAUAA